AUGACAGCGUCAAUCUUGGGCAAGCGCUCUCGUGUCGCCGACACCGAAGGUCUUCCGGUGCGCACUGCCAGCAAGCGCCGCACAGUCGCCCCUCGAGCUCCUCGUGACGUCGCCGCGCUUCCCCCAAAAUCUCUCCCUCGGACACGGUCCAGUGCGAGACUCGCGCACCAAGCAUCGCCGGCUCCGGACCAAGAAAACGAGGACGUCAAGCAGCUCGCCGAGAAGCCUCAAGUGAAAUCGAAAGCGAAAGCGAAACCCUCUUCUAAGCAUACUCUCCGCGAGGAGCCAACUAUACCGACUGUACAGGGUGCGUCUCCAACCAAGAUCAAAUCGCAUUUCCGCACCUCAAAGCUCGUGCUCGUCGAGGAAGAGAAAGUCGUCGAAGAGAAAAUCUUUGAAGAAAAACCCACAGAAGAGAAGGAAAUCGAGAAAGAAACCGACACUGCGGUUAAGACUGAAAAUGAUACCGAGAAUGAGAAACCGGCACCCAUUGAGUUCAAAACACCUCAAAAGUCCCGCUUCCGUGAUGCUUUACAACAAUCCCCCGUCACUCCUCGCCAUCGGGUACAGGCUCGCCAACUCUUCGCCCGUGGUGCCAACUCAGGUCGACUGGUCGGACGCGAUGCUGAGCGAGAGAAAGUGGCUACCUUCAUUGGCGAUUGUGUCAAGUCUCAGAAGGGCGGCUGCCUUUAUGAUAUCAACCUGUCCUCCGUCAAGGUAUCACACGUGAAUUGCGCGAGUAUGCGAAACGCCCGCGAUGUCUAUAGCCGACUCGUCCAAGAUUUCGGCGACCAGACAGAUAUGUUCAAGAAAAGUGAAGGUGACCGUCUGAAGGCCAUGUUUCUUCCAUCCAAGGUAGAAGGUCUUUAUCUGGUCUCUCUUGACGAAAUGGAUCAUCUCCUUACCGGAGACUCUGGCGUACUGCAAUCUUUGUUCGAAUGGUCAUUGCAAGCCAGGUCGAGCCUGAUCCUAAUUGGUAUUGCCAACGCCCUCGAUUUGACAGAUCGGUCCCUGCCACAGCUCAAGGCAAAGAAUUUGAAGCCCAAUCUUCUACCAUUUCUACCAUACAACGCAGCAUCAAUCGCCAAUGUCAUCACCAAUAAACUUAGAACUCUGCUCCCAGAUGGAGGAGAUUCGGAUCCCAAAUUUGUUCCUUUUCUGCAGCCGGCAGCUAUCCAGCUCUGCGCAAAGAAGGUUGCCUCGCAAACUGGAGAUCUUCGAAAGGCGUUCGAGCUUAUCAAGCGCGCAAUCGAUGCCAUCGAACAGGAAACCCAUUCAAAGCUCGAGAAGCAAGCUGCCGAUGCGGCCGACGCCUUGGUUCUUGCAGAGAAUAAGAAUCUUUCAACGACCCUUAAGCCUAUUCCCGCGCCUCGACCUCCUCUCAUGGCCAACUACAACUCUCUGACAGCACCUCGUGCCAGUAUUGCCCACGUCGCCCGCAUCACCACAUCCGCAUUCGGCCAGGGCACCAUCCAGAGACUCAAGGGUCUCAACCUGCAACAGAAAGCCGCAAUUUGCUCCCUGAUCGCCCUUGAACGUAAGCGCCGAGAACUCGAUAUCCCCAGCACACCGUCCAAAUCUCGAUCCGGAGCCCCAACUGUCAAACAAGCAUUCGAUACAUACUGUACGCUCUGCCGCAAUGACAAUAUCCUUCAUCCCCUCACCUCUACCGAGUUCAAAGACGUCCUCGGCAACUUAGAGACUAUGGGUCUCGUUGGUGACUACCAAGGUCGUGGUCGUGGUGGUACUCUCGGUGCCGGAUCUGAUGUCCGUCGAACACCCUCCAAGUCCGGCAGCGUGAUGUCCACGCCCCACAAAGGCAUGGAUGAACAGGGAAUCCUCUGUUUCGUCUCUCAAUCCGAAAUCGAGGGCCAGAUUGCGGGCCCUGGUGAGGGUAUCCUGCGCCGACUCCUUCGGGGUGAUGGUCUUUAG